AAGUCAGGCUCAAGACUGUCAUUUAUAGCGGUAUUUAAGCGUCUGAUUGCGUUUUUCUUUUCGAAAUAGUUUGCGUUUAUAGUAUUAUAUAAUCCACUGCAUUUGUUUAGUGUGAAAUACAGUCUUAUAUAUAACUGCAGUACUUCGUAAAUAUACGAUUUCUUCAUGAGUUCCACUGUUUCUCUAAAACAACUUGUAAAUGAUAAUGGACCUUUGAUCUUGGAUGGUGGACUUGCAACUGAAUUAGAAGCGCAAGGAGCGAAACUGCAGGGGGAUCCUCUGUGGAGUGCCAGGCUCUUGCAGACUGAUCCGCAGGCCAUUAAAGAUGCUCACUACAGCUUUCUCCUCAGUGGUGCUGAUGUCAUCACAACAGCUACGUACCAGGCAAGUAUCUCAGGAUUCAUCGAACACCUGGAUGUGAGCUCUGAAGGCGCCAGAGAGCUGCUGAUGUCUGGAGUUCAUCUGGCCAAAGAGACAGUGACCAGAUUUGACUGUGGACACAGACGCCUCUUGGUGGCUGGUUCUGUUGGACCGUACGGGGCCUUUCUGCACGACGGCUCAGAGUACACUGGAGCUUAUGCACAGGAGAUGAGUGUUGAAGAGCUCAAAGUCUGGCAUCGGCCGCAGAUCGACAGCUUAGCAGCAGCAGGAGCUGAUCUCAUUGCUUUUGAGACAAUUCCAAGCAUCAAAGAGGCGGAGGCGUUGGUGGAGCUGCUCAGAGAGUUCCCAGACUGUAAAGCCUGGCUGUCCUUCUCCUGUAAGGAUGGGAAGUGUAUAUCAGAUGGCAGCCUGUUCACCGAUGCCGUGCAGGUUAGCAGCAGAUCCACGCAGUUGCUGGCUGUGGGGGUGAACUGCUGUUCACCAGAUGUGGUGGAGCCACUGCUGGACUCUGCCAGAACACUGCUGAGCCCAGACCUCAGCUGGGUGGUUUACCCCAACAGUGGGGAGGAGUGGGACACUGAGCGGGGGUGGAAAACAUCAGAAAAAACAUCAGCGUGGAGGCCGGAGCUGAGUGACACGUGGGUGAAGCAGGGAGCUGCUCUGAUCGGAGGAUGCUGCCGUGUUGGUCCUGCUCAGGUAGCGGAGCUUCGAUCCAAGUUAAAAGGAAGCUGCACAUCUCCAGCCUCUUAAAACCCGACUCUCUUUAAGACCAGGACAGAGGAACAGUCACUGAUGACUUUAAACUUAUGCAAAGAAAUAAAAUGGGUCAGAAAAUUGCUUCAUUCGUUAAUUGUUCAGUUUUGUUUUGUUUUGUUUUUUAUUAUGAGGUGUGAAGAAGUGACGUAAAUGAGAAGAGAUGAAUAAGAUGGAAUAAAUACACUUUUUACUGCA